CCCCGCGCCCCGCGCCCCGCACCUCGCACCAUGAGCGGCCUGAAGCCGGACGGCGAGCCUGGCGCGGGCACCGACACGGGCCCCGGCGGCAGCCCCGAGGACGAGGUGCGGACGCUGUUUGUCAGUGGCCUCCCAGUGGACAUCAAGCCCAGAGAGCUCUACCUGCUCUUCCGGCCUUUCAAGGGAUACGAAGGGUCCCUCAUCAAGCUCACCUCGAGACAGCCUGUUGGUUUUGUGAUCUUUGACAGCCGGGCAGGCGCAGAAGCGGCCAAGAACGCACUGAACGGUAUUCGCUUUGAUCCUGAGAAUCCGCAGACCCUGAGGCUGGAAUUCGCUAAAGCCAACACCAAGAUGGCCAAGAGCAAGCUGAUGGCGACCCCAAAUCCUAGCAGCAUUCACCCGGCCCUGGGAGCGCAUUUCAUCACGCGGGACCCCUAUGACCUGAUGGGGGCUGCUCUGAUCCCUGCGUCCCCGGAGACCUGGACCCCUUACCCUCUGUACAGCACAGAGCUGACCCCAGCCAUCUCUCAUGCUGCGUUCACCUACCCAGCUGCCACCGCGGCUGCCACCCUGCAUGCUCAGAUGCGCUGGUUCCCAUCCUCUGAAGCCUCCCAGCAGGGAUGGAAAUACCGCCAGUUCUGCUAGCGCUGCAGUAAGUGCUGGCCCCAGGGCCAGGACUGCAGGUGUUCCAGAUGCUGGCUUCCUGCAGGCCCAUAGGCCUUCCUCUGCUGGGCCCAAGGGCCACCUGGUGUGACUGUCCCUUCUCUUCACCCGUGAGACGAUGCCAGCUCCCUGCAGUCUCCCCACAAAGGAAGGAUGGCCUGGGGGGCUCUUGUCCCUGGCUCUGCUCAUGGCCACCUCUCUGCCCCCUCCAGGUCUGGUCACCGGGGAGCUGAUGCUGGACCAUGUGGUGGGGCCAGCACAGGGCCCCAAGUUUUUGCCACCCCCACAGUCUGUGCAGAGCUCUUGCUCCCUCCAGAGACUGAAUCUUAAUGGCUGUGGCCCAGUGGACGGUGUCCUGUGUCCCUUCCCUCCUCUUCCCCAGCCCUGUGCCACUCCAAACCCUCACCCAGGGCCUCCUGGGAAGAUUUGGGGCCCGGCAAGGCCUGACCUCUCACCCUAAUUUGCUUCUGUAGCUGCCCUACAGGGAAGCAAGGUGUUUAAUUUUGCAUGUUUUGUGGCACAAAUGAAGACACUUCAGCCUUUGUAUAUGUGAGUGUACAGUUCACGCCGUCGCCGUAGCAAUAGGUCCUGGCCUCUUGGUCCUCCAGGUGCCUGGUCCCUCCUGCCACACCCUGCCCCCACCCCCCACAGCUGGCCAGCGCCGCCUUUCACUUCUGACUGAGGCCCAGCGGCCCCCUCUGCCCACUCCGGUCACCUCCCCACAGUGCGCCCUACCCCACCGCUCCUCACUCUUUCCAGACCUCAAAACCAGCCAAAACAUGGAAAGUAUUUUUGUAGCCUGUGUAACAAAAUAUUUAUGCAUCAUAAAGGAUUUUUCAUGUGUGUACCAUUAAUUAUUAAAGAGACCUUGUUCGCCCUGUCAGAUAAGUUUAAUGUUUAGUUGGAGGCAUGAAGAAGAGGCGGUUUCCGUUCUUCAGCAGGUUGCCCUGUGUCAGGCGUGGUUUAAGGAAAAUGAAGUGAAGGAAAAGUCGUGCAAUUUCAUUUUGUGUUGUGAGCGUACCGUGCUUUACCUUUAGUUGUGGCCGCGACUGUCUUGCCAUUUCAGACGUGGGGGACAAGGUGGCUGUUGUACUUGCUGAUCCUGUGAGAAUGUGAAACUGGAUAAUAUAUGAAAUAAAAAACUCGAAAGCGA